CUCGGCUGUAAACAAACAUGGCGGUGGGUGAUGGCGGCAGUCGCGGGCGGCCCUGAGCCUCGGUGAGCGGCGGUGUCCGCCGGGGCUGCGGGCGGGCGGCUCCGCCUGCUCCUCGUGUAGGGGCUGCAGCGAGGCGGAUCGGGGCUGGCGGCACACAUGGAUGACAGUAAGGUGGUUGGAGGCAAAGUAAAGAAACCAGGCAAGCGAGGUCGUAAACCAGCCAAAAUAGACUUGAAGGCAAAACUUGAAAGAAGUCGUCAGAGUGCAAGAGAGUGCAGAGCCAGGAAGAAACUGAGGUACCAGUACCUGGAAGAGCUGGUUUCAAGCAGAGAGCGAGCCAUCUGUGCUCUCAGAGAAGAGCUUGAAAUGUACAAGCAGUGGUGCAUGGCCAUGGACCAAGGGAAAAUCCCCUCGGAAAUAAAAGCCCUGCUAACUGGAGAGGAGCAAGGCAAAGCACAGCAGAACUCAACCAAACUUGCCAAGGCUGCGAAGACAGAGGCAAACAGCAGCAAUCCCUGAGUUUCUAGCUGUAUGUUUUCAAGAAUCGACAUGAAAACCACUUUUUCAACCAUAACAAUCUUCCCCUGCCGGUGCAUCAUUCUCAGGAGGCCUAUGCAGAACCUUCCGCGCUGCAGCAGAGGUGGCUCAGGAGCUGGCAGGAGGAAGAAUGCUGUUCUGAAGAGUGGAUGCAUCUCCAGGUGCAGGGGCAAAGAUCCCAGGCUGUUCUCUUCUCUUUGCUCCUCCCCACAUGAAAUUCUUUGAUUAUGGUGUUCCUAAGGCUUUGUGAGGUGGGGCUUUUGUGGCAGCAGGUGUUGGUGUAAGUGGAGCCUUGUUCUUCCUUUUGCUACACUGCCCUCCCCAAAUACAGCUAUGGCAGCUUUGGGGUGUUCCCAGCACAAGAGUGGGGCUGCUUUUAUAUCAGAGCCCAGAAUUAGGCUGGCUUUGUCUUUGGUGGUUAUGUGGUUGUUAACUGUUGUGGGACUCUGGGAGGUUCUGUAAGAGAAAAACAAGAGAAGAAUCUUGUAACAGCUUUGCUAAAGCCAAGCCCAGUACUCUAGGUUGUGGAGAAGGAGCUGGAUCAAAAGCUUUCAGUAAGAAAAUUUAUAGCAAUGUCAUUUGUACCCUAAAUUCACAUGUUGCUCUUGCCAUCCAUCUGUAAUGCAGUAUGUCUUUUGUGUGACUGGGAUUCUUAAAGAGGUACUAGAUGCAUUUCCUGUGUGUCCUGGUUUAGAGCAAAUUUGUGAAGAAACUUCCAAAGUGGUCCCCCUAGGAAGAACAUUCAAGUGGCCCCUCCCCAGCUGAUUUGGCAAAAGAUUUCGUAGAAGAAAAGUGGAAAAAACCUGUUUAUUUAACAAGCAAAGUGUUCACAAGCAUAAAAAAAUAAAUGAUAUUAAACAAUAAAACCUAUUGCUUUUCUGAAGAGCUGGCAAAUUCAGCAAGUCCUUGUUGUGGGGUGUAGCUUGGCUCUCUCACUCUCCAUCAGUCCUUCCUGCACUGGAAUGCCACGUCCCAGGCCCCGGUGAGCCACAGGUGUGAGCUUCCGGUGUUCUUUUGGAUUUUCAGUCCAGAGCAGGUUUGAAAGUUCUGAGAAAAGCCACAGUCCAGGGAACUUCUCUGCCUCAGCUAGCUAAAAAUUACUAAAAGCAAAGGAGAGCUCUCUCCUGCUCCCUGUCCAUGCUGCAGGCAGCACAGCCCGGCAGAAGGAUGGGGGGAGCAAGUGCAGUUUCUGCAAACAAACUCUGCGCUUCUUCCUGCUCAGAACCAUUCUCAAAGGUGCAGAACUUGAUAUCCAGCACAAACAGAACAGACUGGGGAUACAAGCAUCAUAAAGUCACUCUGCUUCUGCCCAUGCUUCUUCCACUGGGUGCAUUUUCCACCCGCUGUCUGCCCGGGAGGACAGUCAAGGUGUGUCCCUGCAGCCUGCUUCCAGCAGGGCAGCAGUAGCCAUUCCCACUCACCACUGGGCCUUGAUACCUUUCCAUAGCUACCUACAUUUUGGGCCCUAGUACCUCUCUGGACAGCAGCUUAGUGUGAAUUCUGCUGUGCUAUCCUGUUUUCCCAGGCAAAGACAAUGCCAGGAACUGGUAGCAAGGAAAGCAAGUUGCAUCAGUUUGGUUUUGUAGUAAGAAAGGUGAUGGCAAAGCUCUUGUGAGCUGAUGUACUCGUACCAGUUAUUGGCAGAUAAUCUGCCACUUUCCUCAGACUGCUCUUGCUCCUGGAUAUGCUUUUUGUAUUCAUAUGAUGCAAUGUGGAGAGUGGAGCUCUCAGGAUUUUCAGAGGGGGUUUGGCUUGCUUAUUCUGUUUUGUUUAUGACAAUGUCUCUCUCUGUGUUUUACAAAAUGCAUGGAACAUUUUUUAAUCUUAUGUUUUCAGCAUUGUUUCAUAGAAUAAAUAUUAUAAUGAAUUACUUUGCUA